AUGCCUUGGACGAUACAAAUUAAUUCCCUUCUCCUCUACACUGUUCUUUUGAUCUCGUUAAGCGAAAGCGCUCAGAAUCUCCGUUACCAUGCCCUACCGUCUUCAGCACGACCGUCGCUGUUCCCUCCAGUGCUACGGGUCAAGUCGAGAGAAGGCUACAUCCCUGAGAAUGCUCCUAUUGGUACUACAGUCAGGAUAACACCGUCGAUGAGGGCUGAGAGUUUACAGAUUCUGGUGGAGGAUCAGGACUUAGUAAGCUUUUGAUGUUUAAUAGUGUUGCUUUUGCUACUGUUAUCAGUUUCUUUAAUGACAUACCAUUUUUUGAAAGUAUGUAUAAAAUAACAAUUUUAGAAGCCCGGUAUGAUGCCCGCCAUUUACCAGUACGUAAUCAACGGGUUCGGCGCCGAGAAGUUCGCCGUCGAUCAGCGUGGCUUCCUUUACGUCAACGCUGAAGGCCUCGACGCCGACUCCAACUCUUCCACAUUCCAACUCCAGAUUCAGGCUCGUGAGGUUGAGACUGAGCCUCUAAGAAGUUCGGAUCCCAUCGCAUUGACCAUUCACGUCAUGGACGUGAACGAUAACUCGCCGUUCUUUGAACAGCCGGUCUACUUCGCCAAUGUUUCUGCCGAUGAACCCAUGGAACGGUACGUUGCGAAGCUGAAGGCGAUCGAUUUGGAUUCUGGAAGAUUCGGGCGGCUGACCUAUAAGAUUGUUGAAGUCAGUGACGGAGCAGCAGCCAACUUUGUUUAUGAUUCCAACACCAACGUUCUCAUGGCAGUUGGACGCCUUGCUGCCGGAACACGGUAUCGUGUUACAGUGGAAGCUCAAGAUGGCGAUGGGUUGAGCGGAAGAACCACAUUGUUGGUGUUGGCAUUACCUACAAAGAUCUCGCCGUUGAAUCCAGCCAUGCCAAAGCCGGCCGUGACGCCAAAUGUAAACUCAGCUUUGAAUCCGGCUGCCUUUAACCACGGCUCCAACACAAUGCUUCCCUCUUUAAUAGGACAACAGAACAGAAUGCCGGCAAUGCAACAACCAAUUCCUCAGUUUCCUCUGAAGACCGUGGAGAAGACUAGCAGUCCGUUACUCCCAAUAGCUACCUUUACUCCUUUUCCUCCUCAAACAACCGUGAAGCCGGUCUCUUCUCAAGUUCAGACCAUUCUGACAGAGUUAAAUGAGGCUACUCCACCACAUUCGAUCGUGGCGGUGUUAGGAGUAAGUUUUUCAAAAGUUGUUACAAUAACAUUAUACCGUAUUUCUUGCCAACCUUAUUAUUUUUAUACUGUGUUUUCAUUCUGUAUUGUAUCUUUUGAUUCAGGAUGCUGAAACCCGCCAGCAUGUGUAUUUUAAAAUCAGCGAAGGUAACGAGGCCGGAAAGUUUGUUAUCGAUCAAACCACGUAAGUUACAAAUAAUGUAAAUUCAUUUAUGAGCCACAAACGAGAUGUUAAGUUGAGGUAGUUUGUCAAAUGCUACAGUAAUCGUUAAACUAAACUUUUGUUUUCAGCGGUGCCGUGACUACAACUCAAGAAUUUGAUAGGGAGAAGAUCGACCUCUACACACUCCAAAUCGAGGCCAGAUCCAAACAGCCAGACCAGUCUUUGUACUGGACGUUGUUACAAGUUGUCAUUACCGUAAGUUACAGUAAUUUUAACGAAUUAAAAAAGCAUAGUAAAAGUUUCAAAGCUUGCUUAAGUAAUAUUAGUUUAUGUAAUUAUUUUCAUGCUUAAUAUUCUUUUUCUUCAGGAUGCCAACGACAAUGCUCCCGAGUUCGAAGGAGUCCAGCCCUUUACCUUCAACGUCAAACUCAACGAACAUACUGGAUUCCCAGCCAACCUAGAAGUUGGCAGAGUAAAGGCCACCGAUGUAGACAAAGAUGAUAACGGGAAAGUAGGCUACAGAAUCCUCUCUCCGGCAGACAAGCUGUUCAAGAUUGACAGUCGUGGGGUGAUCCGGGUCAACGGUGCCUUUACUUCUGAACACUUAAGCGAUACCGAAAUCUUUGUCGUAGCUUCUGACCACGGACAACCACCUCUAGAGACCACAGUAAAGGUUCAGAUUUCGAUUAGUGGUUCAGUUACUACAGCACAAUCAAUGGAAAGCGACAGUACCUCUCCAAUGUUCUUUAGUCGAGCUACAUUACCUCCAAACUUUGGAGAGAAUCUACCGUUCUCAAACUACACAGCACACCUAGUGAUGCCAGCAAUUGAGACUGGGUUCAUGAUGACUAGAGCAACUUUAUCUCCGCAGACGGUUGUCACUACGGUUCCCACCACGACAACUACUCGAAUAACUACCACCACUACAGUAGCUACAACAACAAGUACUGUAAAACCACCAGCCAGGAAACAGACUCAGCUACUAACAACAAAAGUUGUCGCAACUUCAACACAAACAGUAGUUACAGAAGCAACACCUCCAACUGCACCACCCAGAUUGGCACCAGUUUUUACAGCACCAGUACUAAGUGUGAUGGUAGAGGAAAACGAUAGCGACCUCGAGUUAGCCACGAUAGAAGCCCAUUACCCGGAUGAACAGCCCGGCCCAAUCACUUAUGUCAUGAUCGAAGGGGAUUCCGACAUCUUUUCCAUCUCAUCGUAUACUGGAAAACUGACGCUUCUGAAGCCUUUGGAUGCCGAAACUGACCAAGAAUAUCAGCUACUAAUCUCCACUCAAGAAGCUCAGAAUAUGCCGAUGGAUCCGCUACUGGCUCACUCUAUCACCGUGACCGUCAAGGUUCUGGAUGUUAACGAUUGGAUACCCAACUUUGAAACAAACAACUACGCUUUCACAAUCACUGAUAACACAGAACCGGGCACUGUGAUUGGUCAAGUGACAGCAUUCGACCAAGACCGCGACGAUCCCAACAACAGAAUCCACUACAGAAUGGUGAAAGGACAGGAUGGAGAAGGUCUGAUCAGUGUGAACGCUCAAAGCGGUUUAAUCACGCUCAACAAACCGGCUACUGACCUCAAAGGGACGAAAGUAAAGGUUGUGGUAGAAGCACAAGACGAAGGAGAGCUACCACAGUCCACUCAGACCAAUGUUGUUAUAAGUGUAGAGGAAUCCCAAACCGAAGUCAUUCCACCGGUCGACGGAAUGUCAAAGCCAAAACCAGAUGCGUGCCAGUUUACUCAAAGGAAUUACACGUAAGAUUCGCAACAUUUCUAAGCAUCUUUCGAUCUUAAAUGUAUCUAUUUGAUCAUGUUACUCCUUUCAGUGCUUCUUUGGUAGAAAGUGUGAAAGCACCUCAUUUCGUGAUGUUGUUACCAGUCAUCAACAAACCCAAGGAUAGCAGAUUCAUAAUGUGUGCUAUAGUAUCCGGAAACUACCGUCAAGCUUUCAGCAUCUCUCCUGGAGCCGAUGGUAACUGUGAACUACGCACACAAUCUCAGCUGGAUCGUGAAUCCAUUGAGAAGUAUCUUCUGAACGUCACGAUAACUGCUGGUUCACAAACAGACUACACGUUGGUGUCCAUCACCGUGCUGGAUGUGAACGACAACGCUCCGUUCUUUAUCUUCCCAACUGAUCUACCUCUGAAGGCCUACUUUACUGGAGUGUCAUCUGCUGCGGCUGCCUUCUCCAGAGUUGCAGCUGUAAAGGCAGAAGACCCCGAUCUAGGGCCUUCUGGCCUCGUGCACUAUGAAAUUGAUCCGAACUCUGUCCAUUCAAAGUACUUCCAAGUUGAUAAGGAUUCCGGAGAAAUUAUUCUGAAGCAGUCUAUGAUUCAGCUGACUCAGAACAACAAGAUCAGCUCUUUCGAGUUCAAAGUUCUGGCUUGCGACUCUCCACAAGCUGGCGACAGACUGUGUGGAAGUGCUGAUGUAUAUGUUACUGCCAUUUUGGACCAACACAGAUUUGCUAUAACUCUAACUGGGACCCAACCUCAACAAGUUAGAACUCACGAACAGGUAGGGUCAAGUCUUUUAUUAAUCAAUAACUCGCAUUUGUACAUAAUUUUAUAAUUGUCACUCUUUAGGAUAUUGUCAAAGCUAUUCGUCAGUUCACUGGGGCUUGCAGUAUUGUGUCACUAGAGAAGAUGGAAGAGAAAGUAAAAGGAAAGGACAAUAUCAUCGACCUUUAUUGGUAUACCCAGAACCCUUCCACACAUAAGAUUUGCAGGAAACAAGAAUUCAGGUAAAUCAAACAGCAAACCUUCUUACAUUUUCAGAAAACUAUUUGAAAGAAGCUCCGAAGAUUUGUUGAUUGGCAAGCUACAACCCUGGUUCCAUAUGACACACAUCAACGACAACAUUGUCAUGAACAAUGGCCAAUCAGCCAGCUUUGUAAGCAAUUUCUUUGCCACUGUUGACUGGAGCAAUUUUACUAUUGUUUGUUUUGUAUUGACCUUCGGCGUACUUGUACUAGCUCUAAUACUGGUAUGUGCAUAUUGCUUCUACAAACAGAAAAAGAGACAUAGACGACAUGUUCAUACCUACCCCAACGUGUACCCAUUACCCAAGUACAGUACUGCUAUGUUCAUGAACACCAUGGAGCGGGACAAGUACGAAACUCAGAUGUUGGAGAUGCCGAUGAGCGAUGAAGACAUAGCCACGUUGAAGCAGAGCUCGCUUCAUUCAGAGCCACGGUUAGCCAACGCUCAUUACCGUGCAGGAACUAACAUCUAUCGACCCACACAGAACCAUUUGUAUGCCAGAAGCAACGCUAGUCGAUACCAUGAAGACGGCGACUUCUCAGUGGAGGAGAACAUGUAUGCCGUUCACACUCCUUCCAGGUUCGAACCUCAAAGGUAAAGGAUUGUUUAACUUUACAGCAUUAACGGUUUUGUUUUAGGGUACCACACAACCUGAUUCCAAUGCCGGAUUACAACCAAAGCUUCUCGAAUCACAAGAAGAGCCUGCUAUAG